GGCGAUAAAGCACUGAACAGUUGUUACAGGCUCCAACCAGCGAAAGCACAGCAAGAGCGGCAGUUUGGAGAUAGAUCUCAUGUCGACGGCGCUCUUCUCUCGACACCUGCUCACACACGUCGAAGGUCCCCAGGAGGCCGAAGGUAUGCUGUUCCGGUACGUCGCGACGUUGGCCAUCUCGUCGGGCAUGACCGUGUGCACUUGCUUCACCGUGUUCAAGUGGGAGAACGUGACGCGGGAUGCAGGCCACGGCACGAUGUUCAUGGUGUUCUUCUGCUGGUUCAUCUGGUCCGUCUGUGCUCUCGUGCGUACCGUGGUGGUGUACAUGAACGCGCGCCUCGACACACUGGAUCACGCGGCCACGCGGCACGUGUCCUUCUUCACCGAGACCUUCUUCAACGCGAUCUCGCUCUGGUUCGUCGUCGCCGCCUACGAGUUCCAGCGCCGCGCUCUGAGUCCCCGCACCACCCGCAGCCACAAACAGUGUCUCAUGUGGUACAUGGUCGUCAUCGGCGGGGUGUCCGUCGCCAUGGUGGUGUCUCUCAUCGUCGUGGAAUGCAGCGCGUGGACCGUCGCGUACUUCGACCAUUCCGUCCCCAUGUCGGCCGUGCUGCUCACGAAUCUGUCCUGGGCCACAUGGGGCCUGCGCUGCUUCUCCAUCGUGUACGCCGGCGCUGUCGCAGUUUGGCUCAACCUCCGACGUGACCGCCUCAAAUUGGCCGGUCUACCCAAGGCUCUGUCGCAGAUCGUCGUCUUUUUCUGCGUCCUCAACACCCCGUUCCUGGUCGUGGAUCCACUGCUAGACUAUGACGUGAUCAAGGCGUCGGAAGUGUCAGGCAUGCGUGUCCUAGGUCUCAUGCGAACGUUGAGCUACUUUGGGGGCAUCGCCAUGUCGUUCGUGAUGGGGUUCUCCGUCCGGGGCUUCGACUCGUUCUACCACUCCCGAAGGUCGUCGGUGACCAGCAGCCACACGUUUCCUCCCCCCAGCCGACGGUCAUCGUUUUUCGUGCUUUCUGAAUGAAAAUGAACCUUCCAUUGUAAGAUAGUGUCCUUUUGGGCAAAAUUUGGACAUCACCAAAUCGCAGAGAAUCGAUCGACGAAUCAAAACCCAGAGCACUAAUCAAGUGGCCAAUCAAUUCCCA